AUGGCUACCUCAAAUCCAACAGGAAAGAUCUCUCGAGAGGACUUUCGAAGGCAAAAGGACUUGGAAGAGAAGCGUAAAGCAGGAACGAUUCCUGCAGAAGUUGAUCCUGAAACAGGCCAAGACAUCAAUCCGCAUAUACCACAUUAUAUAUCCAAGGCACCAUGGUAUCUCGACAUUCAACAUCCAACACUCAAACAUCAACGGGCUCCAGACAAGGAUGAAGGAACUAUCUCGUCCUGGUAUGAUAGAGGUGCGAGAAAUGGUCCUGCUGCUACAAAGUUUCGGAAGGGUGCUUGUGAGAACUGUGGAGCUAUGACUCACAAGACUCUAGAUUGCUUGGAACGGCCUAGAAAGAAGGGUGCUCGUUGGACUGGACAGGACAUCCAAGCUGAUGAAGUAGUACAGGACGUACAUCUAGGCUUCGAAGCUAAACGAGAUCGCUGGAAUGGUUACGAUGCAAACGACCACACUCGAGUAGUAGAGGAAUGGGAAUUGAUUGAUCAAGCUCGUCGUAAAGUCCGUGAAGACCAACUCUCUGCAAAGCAAAACGAGCCCGUCGAAGAAGCAGACAAGCCCGCUGCAGACGAUGACGAUGAUGACGAUGAUGCAAACGAAGGUGACGAAGACAAGUAUGCCGAUGCUGCAGAUGCAGUAGGUCAGAAAGUCGAUGCUAAAACCCGAAUUACUGUCCGUAAUCUACGUAUUCGAGAAGAUACGGCCAAAUAUCUACUCAAUUUGGAUGUCAAUUCCGCAUAUUAUGAUCCAAAGACCAGGGCUAUGCGUGAGAAUCCGCUACAGGAUAGUCAUACGCCGGACUCUGUGUUCUUUGCUGGUGACAACUUUGUAAGGUAUACUGGUGAUGCUCCUAAAGUAGCUGCUAUGCAAGCAUUCGCGUGGGAAGCUGCUGAUAUGAGGGGCAAGGAUGUCCAUAUGCAGGCUCUACCAACUCAGGGCGAAUUACUGUUUAAAGAAUAUCAGAGCAAGAAGAGCACCGUCGCCGAUAAACAAAAGGAUUCUAUAUUAGCCAAAUAUGGUGGGGAGGAGCAUCUACAGGCUCCACCCAAAGAGCUCUUGCUGGCUCAAACCGAACAAUAUGUAGAAUACUCUCAAGCAGGUCGUCUCAUUAAAGGUCAGGAACGUGCUACCAUGAAAUCGAAAUACGAAGAAGAUGUACUCCCACUUAAUCAUACUGCUAUCUGGGGAUCUUGGUGGCACGACUUCAAAUGGGGUUAUGCAUGUUGUCAUCAAACAGCAAGGCAAUCGUAUUGUACUGGUAGAGCAGGUAUAGACGCUGCCUCGGCAUCCGAACAACUCAUGCUAAAAGAUGCUCCCGACAAGGAUGUAGAGGAAGAAGACGAACGUGCUGCGGCAGCUAGAAGUAGUGCAUCCAAAUCCCUUCUCGAACAACAUAAACUCAAAGUCUUGAAGGAAAUAAUCAAAGAUGAUAAAUCUAAAAAAGAUCAUGAGAAAUCCAAGAAGGAUGAUGGAAAAGAUAAAGAUGACAAGAAAAAGGAUGAUAAAAAGAGGAAGGCCCGAGGUGAACGUAUGGGUGAAGGUGAUAUUGAGAUUGAUCCAAAGAAACUAAAGGCUGCUAAAGAAGCUGCUCUGAAACGAUCAAAGGCUGGUGAUGAUGGAUAUAAUGCAGCCAAACCUGAUGAUACAGAUGUCACUGAAGAAGAUUUGGAAGCUUAUCGCUUGAUGAGAUCGCGAGGUGACGAUCCAAUUGCUAACUUUAUUGGCCAAGAUGCUGAAGACGACGAAUGA